CCAUAGAGGGAGCCCCCCUCCCAUCCUCUUUGGGUGACACUCUGUCCUCUCCUCACAUCCCGUCUCCUCUGCUCUCCUUGUGUGGAAUAGGGAUCAGCCUUGUGACUGGGCUAUCAGCCUUGGGCUGGACCGGCCUGUGCCCGGGAAGAGGGGGGAUCAUCCGGGCCGCCAGUGUUCGGAGUGACGUCACAGGGCCCGGAGUGUGAGCGGAUGUAUUGAUGGAUUCCAGGCCCGGCUAUCAUCGGGGGCUGGGGGGCGGCGGGAGCUCCAAUAACAUUGCCUAUGGAGGGUCGGCCUCUAACUCCCCAGCCCUGACCGGAGCUCAGGCCCGCCGGAGGAAGCAACCGCCCCGGCCAGCGGACUUUAAACUCCAAGUCAUUAUCAUCGGCUCCAGAGGAGUGGGCAAGACCAGCCUGAUGGAGAGGUUCACCGACGACACCUUCUGUGAGGCGUGCAAGUCCACUGUGGGUGUUGAUUUUAAAAUCAAAACUGUAGAGUUAAGAGGAAAGAAAAUCAGGUUACAAAUAUGGGACACAGCUGGCCAAGAGCGAUUCAACAGCAUUACCUCCGCCUAUUACAGAAGUGCCAAGGGAAUCGUAUUAGUAUAUGAUAUUACCAAGAAAGAAACCUUUGAGGAUUUACCCAAAUGGAUGAAGAUGAUUGAUAAGUAUGCCUCUGAAGACGCAGAACUUCUUUUAGUUGGAAAUAAGCUGGAUUGUGAAACCAACCGAGAAAUUACCCGACAGCAGGGAGAAAAGUUUGCACAGCAGAUUACUGGCAUGCGGUUUUGCGAAGCAAGUGCCAAGGACAACUUUAAUGUAGAUGAAAUUUUUUUGAAAUUGGUUGAUGACAUAUUAAAAAAGAUGCCUCUGGAUAUAAUGCGGAAUGAGCUCUCCAACAGCAUCCUGUCUCUGCAGCCAGAGCCUGAAGUUCCUCCAGAACUACCACCACCUCGACCUCCAGUCCGGUGCUGCUGAUUCUCUUUUGUGCCCCGACAGAGUGACACUCCACCCCUGUGCUCUGUUAUACAAUCAUUUGGAAGGUCCCAUGUUGCACUUCUGACUCAGUAAAAUGUGUAAAUACAUAAGCAGCAAAUGGAGAAUAGGUCUGCAUUUGGGAAGCGUUUCUUUUUCUCAAAGUCGGGAGUUUGCACAGGAAUGUCAAUGGCCUCUGGAUAAAGGGAUUGGCCCAUUGUAAGCGCUGUACUGCAGUGGUUCCUGCAAAGCACUUUUAUUCAUGCUCCACUAGUUGUGUAGUAGUUAGUGUUAAUAUCAUGGCCUUUUCUGCUCCAAUGUUUAAUCAGGCUGACAGCUACCAAACUUGUUCCCCCCCCCCCCCCUUUUUUUUUUCUAGACAUAUAUAUGGUGCUUUGCUAAAUUGUAUUAUCACUCCAAAAUAUUUAAGUAUUUAAGGUCUCCAUAAAAUGCUUCCAUAUACAGUAUUAUAUUUAGUUUAUUAUACAGUGCAAUUUUUAUUUUUAAUCUGUAGCAUUAUAGGAUUACUGGAUCUGCCACGAAUAUUAAUGUUUGUUCCAGUAGUUUAUUUUAUUUGAAGUAUUUAUUAACGUCUAAAUAGUUUGAAGGAUCUAUUUCUGUUCCACUAUUUUGCAUUUACUCUUAGUGGUUUACACUUUGAGCUGUCAGAUUUCCCCCCCCCCUUUUUUUUUUAAGUCCCUCUGGUAUAGGAUCCAUUGUGUGGUAUUAAGGCUUAAUUGAUCAAGAAUAAAAGGUAUGUGGUUUAUGAACUUUGUAGGGACUUCACUGCGCAAACCAGAUGAUGGGCUUACGUGGAUGUAUUGACUGAAAAAAGACUGCUUUUCCACUUGGGAAUGGAUCACAACAGGACUGAAAAUAGUGUAUUUUUUUUCUAUUCACUUACUAAUCUGCAAAUUUGACCUCGCCAAUUUUUAUGGGAGGGUUUUUUUUUUUUUGUUGGGUGAAAAGACGUAACAUACACCUAAAUGGCACACUUUUUCUAAUCAUGGUGGUUUUGUGAAGUCUGUAUUUGAUAUCUCUCUCUAUUUCAAUGCACUGUAUAAUACAGUAUGGGGAAACCAUGGCAGAUAAUGCAUUUGGAUAACGUGUCCUUGUGGAAUCAAGACCGUAUUUCUAACUAAUGAAGUGAAAUAAACUUUUUUUUUUAUUUAUGAA